AUGUACGAAGAGGAGAAUACGAACGAGGCGCUCUUGGCUGUAGACAUUCCCCCAGUGUCUUCUCCACCUCGUCGUCUUCGUCGCGUAGAUACUGCUCUGCUCGUUGUCCUUUUGAUCGUCACGUGCUUCAUUAGUGCGCGCCCGCCCGCUCUGCGUACUUCGAACCCAUUGUGGGUUUCCAAUGACACACGUAAUGUACACUAUUUGAUGUACGAUGACAUCAAUCCAGCCAAACGUCAAUCCGGAUAUAGUAUUAAAUAUUCCACUCGAGGGUUUGAGAUUGAUGGCAAACAGACGCUUUUAUUAGGAGGUUCAAUCCAUUAUCCACGAAGCUCACCAGGUCAAUGGGAACAAUUGUUACGAGAUGCUAAACGAGACGGUCUUAAUCAUAUUGAAAUGUAUGUAUUCUGGAACUUGCAUGAACAAGAACGAGGAGUAUUUAACUUUGCAGGGAAUGCCAAUAUUACGAGAUUCUAUCAACUAGCAGCAGAAGUAGGACUAUUCUUGCACGUUCGGUUUGGUCCGUACGUGUGUGCUGAGUGGAGUAAUGGAGGUCUGCCCGUGUGGCUUGAUUGGAUCCCUGGGAUGAAAGUACGAUCAAGUAAUGCUCCUUGGCAGAGUGAGAUGGAGAGAUUUGUUCGGUAUAUGGUGGACCUCUCAAGACCCUUUCUGGCAAAGAACGGUGGACCAAUUAUUAUGGCACAGAUUGAAAACGAGUUGGAAUCGCAUGAUGUCGAGUACAUCAAGUGGUGUGGUGAUCUUGUGAAGCAAUUGGAUACGUCGAUUCCAUGGGUCAUGUGCGACGCCAAUGCAGCUGAAAACACGAUUCUCUCGUGUAAUGCUGAUAACUGUUUCGAUUUCGCGGUAACAAAUGUACACGAUCGCCCAUCGGACCCACUUGUGUGGACUGAAGAUGAAGGUUGGUUUCAAACGUGGCAGAAGGGUAAAAAAAGACCGUUGCCAAAUGACCAGCGAACUCCUCAAGAUGUGGCGUAUGCUGUGGCUCAAUGGUUUGCGAUCGGCGGUGCCGCACACAACUACUAUAUGUAUCAUGGUGGCAAUAAUUACGGCAGGGGUGCUUCUGCGGGAGUGACUACUAUGUAUGCUGACGGUGUAAAUCUUCAUUCAGAUGGUCUGAGCAAUGAGCCAAAACGAUCUCAUUUGCGCAAGCUUCACAAGGCGCUAAUUGAGUGCAAUGAUAUCUUACUGCUGAAUGAUCGGCAAUUGCUGAAUCCUCAUAGCCUGGUACAUGCAGACCAGCAGUCUACACAAUCUUCGUCACAGCAACGAGCUUUUGUGUAUGGGCCAGAAGAUGGACCGGAUCAAGUGGCAUUCUUAGAAAACAUGGACAACAAGGGAGUAACCGUAGUUUACAAGCACAGCAGAUAUGAUCUUGCGCCAAAGUCCAUCUUGAUCGUCAAGGACGGAGCUCUUCUUUUUGACACUGCAGACGUACAGAAGUCAUUUCUAGGCGAUCAGCAUCGAUCGUACAUGGCGCUGGUGAAAGCUGACACUCUCAAAUGGAAAACAUGGAGCGAGCUUGAUGUAUCACCACGGGCUCCAAGAAAACGAGUGGUGGCCAACCGACCGGUUGAGCAACUUCAGUUGACCGCAGAUCAAUCCGACUAUUUAACUUAUGAGACCUCGUUCACUUUAAAACAGCUAGAUGGGCGUACUGGCGAUAGUGACGAUGCCGCGGUGACACUGAAGGUAACCUCAUGCGAGGCCAGCAGUAUCAUCGCUUUCGUCGACAAGCGGCUUAUCGGUGAGAGAAAUCUCGGAUACCCUGGUGAAAACUGCUCCCAGGAGUUCCAAUUCUACUUACCGGCGAAUAUUGAUGCAGACCGUAAGCAUGACCUGAAAUUGGUGUCUAUAAGUCUGGGAAUCUACUCGCUAGGCAGCAACCACAGCAAAGGAAUAACGGGUAGUGUUCGAGUUGGACACGUGGAUCUCACAGACGGCCAAGAAUGGUUGAUGUACCCGAGUCUUGUUGGCGAGCAGUUGGAGAUCUAUCGUUUGCAGUGGUUAAAUUCGGUACCGUGGACUCCGAUUCCUCGUGUGGAUGCAUUUUCUGGAAAUGCUGUCAAGAAGGGUCGCCAACUGAUGAGUUGGUAUUGCACGUCAUUUCGGUAUCCUGCGCAACAGGUGGAGAGCGAGCAGCAGUCGUCAAUCCUGCUCGAUUUCCUUGGACUCACCCGUGGCCGUGCGUUUAUUAACGGCCAUGACUUGGGUCGCUACUGGCUCAUUAAUGACGAGGGCGACUUUGUUCAACGCUACUAUCAUGUUCCACAAGACUGGUUGUUGAAGGAUCAAGAGAAUCUUCUUGUAGUAUUCGAUGAGCUCGGUGGAUCGGUUGCUGACGUGCGGCUGGUGUCCUCUACGAUGGUUUCAACUAUAGAGAUUGACGACAGUCUCAUCGUCGCUGACAUUGCAAUGCAAAUUAGGCAAGGCUCGAAUUAG